GAUAUGAAGAAAGCGAUCAAUCAUGUGUUCAGAAAUAACCAGAAUCACUUGUAUUUCUAUACCCCCAACAUACCAAUAAAAACCCUAAGUUUGUCCCAACUUCCACAAACCAAUCGAUAAUAAGACGAAGCCUACCCACAAUCACAUUUUCAGUCACAGAGUUAUGGAUGAAGAUGGUAUCAGGUUGGUGUUGGCUCGAGCUUCGGAGCUCCGAUCCAAGAUCACCAAUUGUAUCCAUAAUUCAUCAUCCACUGAGGGUAUAAAACAAGACACAGAAACUGAAGAUAAAGAAGAUGAUGAUGAUGACGACGAGAGCCUUUUGAACAUCCGCGAUGCUCUCGAGUCUCUUGAGGCCCAACUUUCUUCCUUGCAGGCUUUACAACAGCAACAAUUGUACGAAAAGGAAGCAUUUUUGGCUGAGAUUGAUUACAGUCGCAAAAGGUUAUUACAGAAGCUGAAAGAGUACAAAGGGGGCGACGAUUUAGAGGUCAUACAAGAAGCUACUGCUUUUGCUAGCUCAACAGUAGAGAUUGAAAACAACGAUCUUCUUCUUCCUCCUUACCCGAGGCCCCCUUCUAACUCUCUUGCCUCUGAUUCACAUUUCCCUUUUAAACACAAAAUCUCCCAAAAUGGGGUUACAGCUAGCCAUUCAGCUAAUGAGCUGAAGGGAAGAAGCCACCAAUCAGAGCCCAGAGGCUCGAUAAAAGGAUGGAGACAAGUUAUUGGUGCAGCCGCAAAGACGGUAUUUACCCUUGUUGGUUUUAUAGCUGUUCUGAGUUUGUCUGGUUUUGAGCCCAGAAUCGGUAAAAAUGAUUGGGGCAUGUCACAAGAACAUCAAGUGAAUGAAGACAAGAGAGGGAUGAAUAUUGUCGGGUGCCCACCCGGGAAAGUUCUGGUUGUCGAAGAUGGUGAAACUCGAUGCCUCGUGAAAGAGAGAGUAGAAAUUCCAUUCGUCUCUAUUGCUACGUCACCAGAUGUAAAUUAUGGGUGCGGGUAAACGGUCGUUUUUUCGUUCUUGCCAUUUGUUUAUCCAAUUUCUAUUUGAAAUGGUUUUAGUUAAAACUAAAUGUGCUGCUUGUUUAUGUAGUAAGAAUUUUCGACCAUUAAUUGGUUUAUCAGCUGUUUUGGGCCUUUUGGUCAUUUGAUGUAACACGAAGCAGAUAUAUGUAUGUAUGUUAUCUAGGAUAAAGGUCAGGUUUGCGUACA